AUGCCACUCGAUACCUCCACGACAUAUCCCUUGACCAAGCUGCGGCUUGAUGGUCGCCGCUGGAACGAGUUGCGACUCAUUCAAGCGCAAAUUUCGACCAACCCCGCCAGCUCCGGCUCCUCGUUUCUCUCAAUGGGCAACACCGCCAUCAUGUGCUCGGUUCAUGGCCCUGCCGAGGGCCGACGUGGAGACGCGAGUGGUACCGCAGGUGGCGCGGGAGCCAUUGUCGAUGUGGAUGUCAAUGUCGCAGGGUUUGCUGGUGUAGAUCGCAAGCGCCGAGCGGGCGGAAGUGACAAGCAAUCCUCGCGCAUUGCGACGACACUACGCUCCGCCUUCCAAUCACACUUGCACACCUACCUCUACCCUCACAGUACGAUCAGUAUCCAUGUCUCUGUGUUAUCUGCCGACGGUUCACUCCUUGCGGCCGCAAUCAACGCCUGUACACUGGCUCUUGUCGAUGCGGGUAUUCCCAUGCCCGGUCUGCUGACCAGUUGCACGGCUGGCAUGAGUGGCAGCGCAUCCACGCCUCAGGACCCUCGUCACGAUGAGUUGGAUCCAUUGCUUGAUCUCUCUCUGCCCGAGGAGCAGGAGCUGCCUGUCCUUACUGUGGGCACUACCAACUCGGUCCCCGUAGGAGAGAACAACAUGGAUACUGACGAGGAGGAAAUGAAGGUGGCUGUUUUGACUAUGGACUCAAAGCUACACUCGAGUUAUACCGAGACUAUGCUAGCAGUUGGUAUUGACGGGUGCAGCCAGAUUCGUGAGCUAUUAGAGGGUGUGAUCAAAGGGUCCAGCCGAGCUUGA